UCACAAUAUAUGUACUCUGCUGGUAUAUCACUCACUUACUAGACUGCAUAUGUCACGUAUAUUUACUUAAAAUGUAAAACAUUUCAACAAUCCGAAGGUAUUGUUAUUGUUCAAUGAACACUUUCUUGAACGCAUCAUAGUUAAUUUGCCCCGGUGUUUGCCUGUCAGACAGCGCUUAUGUAGACCUGAUAUUUUAGCUUCAAACCAAGUAUGUAUUUAACCUAGAUUACAUACAUUUUUUUCGUGAAAUACCUUAAACCGAACCAUGGUUAGUAAGGUGUGUUAAUUCACCAGCAGGAGGUGGCAGCCUGACAGGCUAAACGCAGGGCGAUUAUCUCGCUGAACUCGCCCUGCUUCGGCGCAGUCUACUAUAGCAACCGUGAAGUGGAUUCAGCAACAAGGAUGGGCCGUGGACGGAGUUGCUGAAUGAGAAUCAUACGAUCACACAGCAUCUGACAGUCUGAAAGUUGGCUCCUUUCUGAGCAAAUCAGUCUGAGAAAUAUGGAUUAUGGUGGCAGAAGUAGUGAUGUGCAGGGGGAGCUGGACUCAGUGGAGGCAGAGCUCGAGCUGGUGGAGCUGCAGAUCGCAGACCUCCUGCAGAAGCAGACCGAGCUGACUACUCGUAAGAAUGCUCUGCUGCAGCAGCUGGAGGAGGCCUGUGAUGCUGCACAGCCAUCCUCUUCCUCAUCCUCGUCUUCUUCAAAGUCAUCCAGAGCUGAUGCAGUAAUGAGCAAGCAGGAGAUGCAGCGCUAUGAUAGCACAGAUUUCCCCUGGUCCAAAGAAGUGGAGCAGCACCUGAAGGACUCGUUCCACCUCUCCAAGUUCAGACCGCUACAGCUGAGGGCUGUCAACCUGACCCUUUCCGGCAAAGAUCUGUUCCUGGUAAUGCCCACGGGAAGAGGAAAGAGUCUCUGCUACCAGCUGCCUGCAGUCUGCUCCAAGGGUUUCACGUUGGUAGUCAGCUCCCCUGGUGUCCUGAUGGAGAAGCAUGAUCAUGUACCUCAAGUCCAUCGAUGUGUCAGGCAGUCAUGCUGA